CAUAAUGUUAGGAAGCGCAGCCGCUUUUCUUUUAUUUUGGAGGGAGUCCCUUUUUUGCAGACGGUGGACGGACGCGCUCCCGGGAGGCAGCCGCCGGCCAGGAGAGCAGCCCGGCGAGCCCUAAGCGCUGCCUUCAGCAACACGCUGCCUGCAGAGUGAUGGUCUUAAAAUGAAAAGGUGCUGUGAGGGCGUUGGGCUGCCAUGCCUGUUUAAGGGUGUUGGUAUGGCCAGCCCCCGGCCUCCCAAAUACCUCCUCAUCUUCGAUUUCGACGAGACCAUCAUCAAUGAGAACAGCGAUGACUCCAUCGUCCGGGCGGCGCCGGGGCAGGCGCUUCCGGAGCACAUCCGACAGACCUUCCGCGAGGGCUUCUACAACGAGUACAUGCAGCGCGUCCUGGCGUACAUGGGGGACCAGGGGGUCAAGAUGGGGGACUUCAAGACUGUCUAUGAGAACAUCCCCCUGUCCCCUGGCAUGCCGGACCUCUUCCAGUUCCUCUCCAAGAACCACGAGCUCUUUGAGAUCAUCCUCAUCUCCGAUGCCAACAUGUUCGGCAUCGAAUGCAAUCUGAGGGCAGCCGGUUUCUACUCCCUCUUCCGCAAGAUCUUCAGCAACCCGUCCGGCUUUGACAAGAGGGGGUACUUCACCUUGGGGCCCUACCACAGCCACAAGUGCCUUGACUGCCCGGCCAACAUGUGCAAACGCAAAAUCCUAACAGAGUACCUGGCGGAGAGAGCCCAGGAGGAGGUGGAGUUCGAGAGGGUCUUCUACGUGGGAGAUGGUGCCAAUGACUUCUGCCCUUCUGUGACUUUGACUUCAGCUGACGUGGCUUUCCCGCGGAAGGGCUAUCCCAUGCACCGGAUGACCCAAGAGAUGGAGAAGAAGCAGCCUGGAGCCUUCCAGGCCACUGUUGUCCCCUGGGAGUCAGCUGCAGAAGUUGCCCGCUAUCUCCAGGAGGUCCUCAAGAAGAAGUGUUGAGGAUGGCUCUGAAGAGACUUGCUUACUGUAAGCAGCUGGGAAAGGAGAAGC